GGAGGUGGAGACCAGGCGGGGACUGUUGCCCGGCGACGCUCCGGCGCUGGGUCCCCGCGGCCUGGCUCCUCCCCGGGAGAAGGUGGGCUUCCAGUCACGUGACCCGGGCGCUACGGGAGGGGGCGCGGUCGGGUACCCGGCAGGAGGCGGCCGAGAAGAGAGGACCGUGGGGGCGUUCGCGUGGCUCCCAGGCCGGGACCCCAGCCCCGCUGGACAGUGGGGGAAACUGAGGCCUGAGUGGGCUGGAGUGCAAUGGCAAAUCUCAGCACACUGCAACCUCCAUCUCCCGGGUUCAAGCGAUUCUCCUGCCUCAGCCUCCCAAGUAUCUGGGAUUACAGGCAUGCCUGUGCCGGCCACCUCUGUCCCCUGUCCCUCUGCAGGCCCACAGAGGACCAUGAAGGUGCUUCUCCUCACAGGGCUCGGGGCCCUGUUCUUCGCCUAUUAUUGGGAUGACAACUUCGACCCAGCCAGCCUCCAGGGGGCGCGAGUGCUGCUGACAGGGGCCAACGCUGGUGUCGGUGAGGAGCUGGCCUAUCACUACGCGCGUCUGGGCUCCCACCUGGUGCUCACUGCCCACACUGAGGCCCUCCUGCAGAAGGUGGUAGGGAACUGCCGGAAGCUGGGCGCCCCCAAGGUCUUCUACAUCGCUGCGGACAUGGCCUCCCCUGAGGCGCCCGAGAGCGUGGUGCAGUUUGCGCUGGACAAGCUGGGAGGGCUGGACUACCUCGUGCUGAACCACAUCGGCGGCGCCCCGGCCGGCACGCGAGCCCGCACCCCCCAGGCGACGCGCUGGCUCAUGCAGGUAAACUUUCUGAGCUACGUGCAACUGACGUCGCGGGCGCUGCCCAGCCUGACGGACAGCAAGGGCUCCCUGGUGGUGGUGUCCUCGCUGCUCGGCCGCGUGCCCACGUCAUUCUCCACUCCUUACUCGGCGGCCAAGUUCGCGCUGGACGGCUUCUUCGGCUCCCUGCGGCGGGAGCUGGACGUGCAGGACGUGAACGUGGCAAUCACCAUGUGUGUCCUGGGCCUCCGAGAUCGCGCCUCCGCCGCUGAGGCAGUCAGGGGAGUCACGAGGGUCAAGGCGUCCCCGGGGCCCAAGGCAGCCCUGGCCGUGAUCCGCGGCGGCGCCACGCGCGCGGCUGGCGUCUUCUACCCGUGGCGUUUCCACCUGCUGUGCUUGCUCCGGCGCUGGCUGCCGCGCCCGCGGGCCUGGUUUAUCCGCCAGGAUCUCAACGUCACGGCCGCUGCUGCAGCCUGAGCACCGGGGGGGGUGCCCCUUACCGUCCCAGACGGGAACACUCCUCCCUGCAACUGUCCCUGGAGCCAGAACACUCACAGAGACACCCCUGAGAGGGUGGCCAUAGCCCAAGAUGAAGUCAUCAAGACAGAAAAGCAAAACUGACAAAAACGACGGGCACCUGGAACCAGUUACAGCUUCGGAGGUGCAGGUGCCCCUUGUUAGGCGCCUUUGUCCGGGACCUGCAAGGCCUCACUCGUUUGAUCUUUAUUGAUGACAUGACUGCUUCCAUUUUGCAGAUGAGGAAACUGAGGCUCAGAGAGGUCACGCCACCCUUGAGCCACCCAUGGACCCCUCUCCAUCUCCUGUCUGUGUUUCUAUAGAGUCCCUGAUUUAUUUUUUCCACUCAUUCCAUCUGGGAGGAUCUCCCCCAACCCCUGCCAGCUUCCCCCAGCUGGGGUCUCUGGUACUCUUCACACCUGCAGGGACGUCUACACUGUUCGUCUACCUGGUGGCAGGGUCUGAUGGGGAGGAGGAGGGAAAGAGUGUGUUCUGGGCUGGACCCAGCCUGUUUGAGAAUAAAAACUCUUCUUCUCUUGCA